AUGGCCACGGAACGAUCUCUGGCUACGCUGCUGCGGUCGCUGCAGGCGACUUCCAGCUUCCAAGAUGCCGCUUCUCUUCUUCCCACAGCUACCAGUUUCCUGUCAAUGUUGGGGAAUCCUCUGAAUCUGACGCUCCUUUCUUCACAACUCCUCACUGCGCCUUCGCUCUGGAGCCACCCGGUCGACCUCCAAUCAUGUCGCAAGAUACUCAGCGUCUUCAACACCGCCGCCAUCGCUGUCUUGCAGAAUGAUACUACCGACGAACCACGGAUUCCGUACGGGCGAAAUAGGAAGAUUGAGUACGAGGCGUGGGUUAAGGCGGUCGCUGAAGGAGCGGAUGAUAAGUCCCCGCGGUGGAGGCAUACGCUUCUGCUAGGCGGAAUCUUGAUGGGAUUCGAGGGACAAAACCGACGGGGCUUACCACGGCAUAUUCGGGUGAAACUCGAGUCGGCGCUUGCGAGAGCGGCGCAAUUAGCGCUGGAGGAGCUUGGCCCCGAGACUGGGGUUGAUGGACAGUGCAUCACUAUGGUCUUGAAUUACACUUUUGAGCUUCUGUCGGAUCUCGAGAGAAGCAAGCUGGAUUAUGAUCGCUUGCUCCCCACGAUGAUUCAGUCGGCAUACUUGUCUUCGGAAGGCCUCGAGGGUGGCUAUUUCUUGGGAUCUAUUGAUCAAGAUGUUGUUGAGGCUCCCGGGAAGCAGUUUCGCUGGUCGGCCAACUCCCCCACAUUUGCUAUUGUCUCAGCGGUAGCCGCUCGCCCGCUUGUGUCCACGCUAGGGCCUUUGUCUCGUCUCAUCGCGCAUUCUGUUGAUAAUGUUCGGGAUCCGAGAAUUGUUGCGCAGACUGUUGAUUACCUGGCGGAUUUCGUUCGGACGCUCAUGGUUCAAUGGCGCCAGAAUAAACUGUCUGAGAUUGAUGCUGCGGAAGAAGCAGAGUUCCUGGAUGCUGAAUCCCGGGAGAUUACACUUCCCGCCCUCUGGAAGGUGUUGCGAAAUUGCUUGUAUUCGGUGGUUAUUACCCUUCGGGCUGUGCUGGGGAGAACUAUCAAUGACCCGGCUCUUGCUGCCAACAGUAGUGCUCCAUAUCUAUCCAUGCAAUGUCUCCACAUACUUCGCAACAUGUAUUUCAUCUCUUCUCGGAUUGGCCAGAAUGCCUCAUCGCAGCAGACGUUCGUGAUGUUGGCAGCCAUAGACAUCCUUUCACAAUACCCCGUUCUUGCCGAGAACUUCCUGCGAAGCAUUAAGCCAAGCGAUAUUGGCCAAAUUCCUGCUCACCCAGUUGAACGAUGUUUGGAUCUUUUCUUCUUGAAUGCGGCAGAGCAUUUCCCUCUUGUCAUAUCCUCCGAGAUGAACGAGGAACUAUUAUUGUCCGCCGCUUUCCCAUAUCUCGCAGCCGGUGCUAAUAGUCUUCUGUUGGAGAUUUUCGAAGCUGCUCACAGCCUGGUGCUUGUUGUCUUCGCUAUUCCCCACAACUCGGAAUUAGCUGCCAAACACCUGCCUUUCUAUAUCGAAAAUCUUUUUGCCGUUUUCCCCAAUAACCUUUCCGCGCGCCAAUUCCGUCUUGCUUUCAAGACUGUCAUCCAAAUUACAGCACCUCCUUCUCCCCUAGCAAAUAGCCAGCCCCUUCUCCCUUCCAUCUUGCUGGAAGUUGUUCACGACCGUGCUUUAAACGCUUCCUCUACACCGAUCCCUCCGCAGGGUCCAAAUCCAGACAUGAGCCAGAGUCCACCUGUCUCCGAACAGGCUGUCUUGACCCUUGCUCUCCUCGAUUCACUUUCAUUCCUCCGAGUCGAGGAUCUGAAAGAAUGGCUCCCCUUAGCAGCACAAUUGAUCAACACAAUUUCCGACCGCAAUAUGAGACAUGCUUGUAUUGAUCGUUUCUGGGAAGCCCUAGCCGGCGGCGAGAUGGAUGUUGAUCGAUCCCACUGCUGUGUUACAUGGUGGAGCACUGAAGGUGGGCGUGAGCUUGUCCUUUUCGGCGCCGAGACCGCCCCAAACGAGUCAGAUGAGAGUGGACCUUACAUGAGUGGCGCGGUUGGAGGAGUCGCGCCCGAAAGUAAGCUAUAA